AUGACGCACCUGCCGAGACACCCAGACAUCCUUGCCAUUACCUUGUGGGAUCACGAUGCCUUUGGAAGAGAUUUCCUCGGUUCUGUUGCUUUGAAGGAGUCUGACGUCCGCGACUUGUCUCACAAGGAUGCCCCGAAGUGGUGCACGCUGGAGGGUACCAAGUCUGGCCAGAUAGAGAUCAGAGUCAAGGUCAUAUCUGAUGAUUAUGAGCACCAGAUAAUUCCAUCAACACCAGACACCAUUUAA